AUGUCCCCACCUAAACUCGUCCUGCGCCCCCCACCAAAUCGGGACUUUUUGCAGGGCUAUCCCGGCAUCCCUUCGUCCGAGACGCGGCCGCCCGCGCACUUAUCCGGCACCAUCGAAAUUCAGGGGUCCUCCAAGCCCCUCGAGGCUGCCUGGCUGCGCGUCGAGAUGGCCAAGACGGAGACCUUGCCAUCCGGAGAGUCAUGGACUGAGCUAAUCGGACAGGGCCCCAUCGACGUGUGGGUGGCUCCUCAGGGUGUGCGCACGGAUGGCGAGUCAUGGGCGCAGCUGCCAUCGCGGAGUUUUCCGUUUCGCGUGAAUAUCCCGGAGAAACUUCCGGCUACGCUGCGCUUGGAGAAGAAUGGCGGGAUCAGCUAUGCGCUCAUCGCGACGCUUUGUGCUCGAGUGAAGCGUGGCCUGCUGAAGCGUUCUUCGAUCAAGACUGUUGUGCACGAUCGCCGCACGAUUGUCCUCGAGAAACACGAGCUGCACUCGACGUGGCCGGCGUACAAUGUCCCGGAAGAGCACGAAGACACUGUGGGUCCGUUCCGUGUGCGUUUGUACAGGAACAAACAGGCAUACGCUGCGCUGGAUACCUUGGACGUACGAGUGGUGGUGUAUAGCAAGUCACCCGAGACGGUCAAGCUCAAGACGGUCGGCGCAUCUGUGCGCCAAACCGUAACCUAUCUUCCGUUCGCGAAAGGCGACACGGCAGCCGAUGGCACACCGAGCACGGCACAGCAGCGCUCCGAGAUUCUCGUCCACAAGAACCGCAACGUCCGGAAGAAGAUCCACAAGGACGAGUUCUUGAUGUACGACCUUUCGAUGACGAUCCCCAAGUCGCGCACGCUCAUGUCGGUGCACACGGCCAAACAUAUCGAAAUCUCGCACCAGCUGCGCGUCGGUGUCGAAGUCGGCAAGGAGCGCAUCGUGUUUGAGCAUCUGAAGCUCCAGAUUUCGGCCUUCCCAUCGAGUGUGAGCACGGCAACGAUGGCACGUAUCGGUAAGGUGCCCUCGCUCUGUCUCGAGGAGGGAGCGGAGCAAGCCGCACCGGUACAGCAACAGCAGCAAGUGUAUGCGGAGAACGAGCCGCUGGAGUAUCCCCAGCCGGGCCGCUUUGAUCAGUACGAGCGCAUGCUCUCCGACGAGACGUCCUCGAUCCCUGCUCUGGAGAACGACGCGGCGUUCCUUGGCACGGCUACGCCACGGGGGCCGCUGGUGUUCCAAUCCGAUCCCAACUCUCCGACGCAGAACUCGUUCGACGCGGAUGCACGCCGCCCAGUCUCUGCAGCGAACCACACUGCGCUGAUGCAGAUGCCCAGCAACGCGCUACGCCCGGGUGACGUCCUCCCUUUCCAGGGCGGAUCGCCUCUGGAUAGUCCCCGCCGCGUGACACAGGCCUACCCGAGCUCGCCGCUGGCCACUCGGCACAACUAUGGCGCAGAGUCGCCGACGUUUGCCGAGCCGGUGCGGCAGAGCCGAGUGCCGACGACGGCCCAGCUCAUUGCAGAGGACUACAACCGGAGAUAUUCGCAGAUGCCUCCGGCGGCUUCGUCGGCCGCCCAGCCGGUCGCUUCGUCUACCGCGGAGCCUUCUACCCACCCGGCUGCUCAGAAGGGAUUCAUGUCGGCAGAGAGCGAAAAGGUGCGCCUCUUUGAGCGCGCCCGUGCCGAAGCCCAAAAUUUCCAGAGCGGCUAUCAGAAUGGCGUCGAGUUCCCUGAGCAACGAGGCGCAGACGAAGAGAGCGCUGCACCCGCUGCGGCGCCGAUUACCGCAGCCGCAACUGCUCCGGUGGCCGCGUCUGGCGCUUCCAAUGCACCUCGCGCCUCCUUCAACUACCCUUCUGCCGCGGACGAGAAGGCGGCUCUGUACGAGCGCGCACGCAACGAGGUUGCCGAUUUCCACAAGGAUGAUCCCACUAUUGUGCUACAGGACGAGGCGCCUGCACCUUCGCUGAUUGCCCAGUCGGUUCCGUCCGCCAAAGCUGCCGCGCCGAUCGCGAUGCCGUCGGCAGAGGACGAGAAACAGCAGAUGCGUCGGUAUUACGAGGCACAGGACGCUGUUGCUCAACACCAUGCCGAGCCCGCACCCACGGUCGCACCGCCUGUGGUCACGACGCCGACUGCAGAAGCGACCUCGCCGCCUGCUACCUCGCCGUACCUGACCAAGUCGGAGGCGCGCGCCGUGGAGGAAAAGACCAAGUUGAAUAACCACUAUGCACAGCAGGAGUCGGGCUCGUCUGCUGCAUCCGCAUCCAGUACGCAGCAGUUCGGGCUCAAGAUGCUCGGCAACGCGGCAUCGGCCACCACCGACUCCAGCCUGUCGCAGCGUCUCUCCACAGCGCCGCCCCCCCGCCCGCCGAAAUUGCCGCUUUCCGCGCUCGCGGUUCAUGCUGGCGAGGCCCACCGUAUUGCGAAGGACGACCCUUCCAAGGUGACCAAGUACGAGCCUGAUCAAGUAUACCACAAGGUAUCGCUCGAUCCCAAGCCUCGGCCCGGCGAUAACACGUCGCUGGGCUGGGCCAACCCAAGUGACAGGAACGGAAGCAUGUUGGAUCUCGUUGGCAAUGGCGAGCAGGGUCUUUUGGACUAUGUGCGUUCAAUUGGGUUCUCGUUUGAAUGCCUACACAUCCAUCUUGGUGGUCUGCAACAUGCGAACUUGGGCGACGGCAAUGGUUGGGUGCCGCAACUGUUUGAGUACCGCAGCUUGCUCUUCCCUGGCUCGCCGGGUGUGUGGGUGGGCUCGUGCUGGGAGAGCUUGGCUGGAGGCAACCACUUUCGCGUAUGGAAGCAGAAUGGCACGGAGGCGAACACAGGUGCCUGGUUCCUGGCCGUGUCGAAGGAGGAAUCGGUGGCCGAGCAGCACACCAUCAUCCCGAAUGGAUACGACGUGGGACGCGAUUUGCUCGCCGAAGCGGCCACGCGGGGAGGGUCGUUUGGUGGGCACGCUUGGCGUGCCACCGUCGAAUGGAAGACGGGGCUGUUGCCAGAGGGCAAACGCAAAUAA